GCCCUCGUCGAUUUCUUGUUGUCCUUCGGGGUUGAGACCCCAGGAGUAUCGUCUCGCCACAAUCAAUUUGGGGAAUAAUGAUGGAAAGAAUUUAUCCGAGGCGCGCCAAUUCCGCUCGAAAGAAAUCACGAAAUCGAAUGUGGUCGACGAUAUGGUGGCUUCGAAUAAGAUUUUGUAUCCGGACAACAAGAAGCCCGAUCAUACUGUUGUUAUCAAAUACGUGCCAUUUGUCGGAGAUUCGAAGCGAGCCAUGGACGAAUAUGUGUGUUCGAUUUUCAUGGGAGGCCGCCAGACAUUUGUCAUUCACAAUACAUGCGAGGAUUCCCUGCUCGCCACCCCGUUGAUCUACGACCUGGCCAUCCUCACCGAGCUGGCCACCCGAAUUCAAUAUUCCGUCAAUGGACGAGGAUACGAGCAAUUCAACGAGGUUCUCUCAAUCCUAUCCCUCCUCCUGAAGGCUCCAAUGGUCCCUGCGGGUACCCCCGUUUCGAACGCUUUCAUGCGCCAAUUCGCCGCCGUCUCCAAGCUGAUCGCCGCUUGCGCAGGAAUCGCCUCGGACGCGGAUCUGCAGCUCGAAUUCUUCACCACCCUCAACAAGGCAAAAUGC